UACACCAGAGCUGUAGGCACCUAACAGAGCAUGCAUGCUUACACAGUGUGUUUAGUUCAUAAGGCAACCAAUAUCUUUAGCUUUGAUUCUGAGAAUACCAUGAAGGAUUUUGUGUCAGGAUAAAGAGAUUAUAUAAAUGGUUCAGCUCUCCUUGAUCUGGAUCCUGUGGAAACAAAAAUGAUGUGGGUUUACUUAGACCGGAGGUAAUAGUUUUCUGGCUGCUGAUCUAUAAACACCCUUCCAGUGUAGAGUAUGGAUUAUAUGCCCAAUGGAUUUCACUGUCAUCCUUAACUUUUUGUGUAAAGUUGUAGAGCUGUGUUGUAGACACAUGUGGUCUGUAAGUACUGCUAGUUGACUACUGACAGUGUUAAAUUGAUACAUUGGACCAGGGAUGCUGGACUCUUGUUACAACACAUACACUGCUCCAGAUGCUGAACAGGAUAUGGAACCUGCUGAAGUAACAGACAUUACUAAGAAAUUACUAAGUACAGGAACAACACAUUACUGGAUUGUACCAGUAUAAUCACAGCAAGGUGACGGGACUCUAGAACUAUAGACAGGCAAGUACCCAACUACAUAGAGGUGGAUAGCUACAGAGUGACACACUAUUAACAGCGUUGGAUAGUCUCAGAGUGCCGAACUACAUAGAGGUGGAUAGUCACUCUAUCAACAGCUUCGGAUAGUCUCAGAGUGCCUCACAACACAGCAGUAGUUCCACACUAUAAACAUUGGUGGCUCAUUUUGUCACACAGUGGUGCCGCACUAUAAACAUUGGUGGCUCUUUUUGUCACACAGUGGUGCCACACAAUAAACAUUGGUGGCUCUUUUUGUCACACAGUGGUGCCACACUAUAAACAUUGGUGGAUCUAUUAGUGUACAGUGCCACACCACACAGACUUGGUUCCAUCACCACCAAACUUUCACCACAGGGUGGAUACAUUUGUGGAUACUGCCGCCUGUUUGUUGAUACACCCACCCACCUGUGGAUACAUCGUUUGGUGACAGUGAAGUCAGCCUGUGGUAGCAGUGGUGAUCGAGACAUCAUGGAGAUCAGCUGUGUCCAUCAGGUGUUAACUGUUUUAUUGGGAUUUUACUUAUUUACAGUGUCCAGUGCCAGCGUCCAGAACAUAUUUGUCAGUGGCUGUUCCCGGGAGACAAUGGAGUUGGGAUGUCCGUUGGGUCACAAGAUAGCCAUCAAAAGACUGUUUUAUGGUGUCAAGUCUGACCGCAAAUGUGCAGACAGGGGACGUAAGCAUAAGAGUGACUGUUGUCGUCGGACAUAUGACGACUGUCUGAUAUUUAACGAGGAUAAGUACAAUGUGCUGAAUAUAAUGUGUUCAGGCUACAGGAACUGUGAGGUUGACGUGAAGAAAAUUAACACCCGAGGGGAGUGUGAUAACCCAGAGUGGCGGCUAACAGACUACAUGACCGUCAUCUACGACUGUGUGGCAGACACAGAUGUUGCCAGGUUCUGUUCCAAUGACCAUAAGAGGGGUAAGGAGUUGUACUUGUCCAAUAUUGACUACCCCUCACCCAUAGUGCCAGGGCCACACACCUGUCGCUGUGUGCUCAAGUCUGGUUAUACCCAAGGUCUGUCCAUCCAUGCCAUCGACAUCAUGAUCACUCAGCCAGAGGACAGUACGCUCUGCCCCCAGCGCCUUAGUAUCCAGGACACCUACGGCCAGAUCAAGAUCAUCCGCUGUGGCCAUGGGGGGCUGUAUGGGUUCCGUACUAUCUACAAUCGAAUGGUGACCAAUGUCAGCCUCGAACUGGAGAGCAACGUGAAUGACAGUCGUGGCUACGUUUGGCUACACCUCAAAAGCGAGAACACUGAAGACUUUGUGAAUCUAUACUGUGGAGAGGCUAUCAGUUCCCUCACUGCUGGACCAGCCACAAACACCAGUGUGAUCCAGAAUCCAACAAGAGCGCCCCCUGUAGGGAACAAUACUGUAUAUCCUAGCAAAGGGUGGUCAACUCCACGGCUCAUACCUGAUAUGGUGGCCAUCAUUGGAGGGAUUGCUGCUGCUGUUGCCCUGAUACUACUGGUCUGUCUGGUAGCCAUUGCUGUCCAUUGUACAAGAGUCAGAGAGCAGCGCCAUCCCAAGUUGCCUGAAGUCAUUCCAUCACCAAUGGUCCGCGGGAAAUCUUACGAUAGUGACGAGCCUGACGCUACCAUACAGAGGUAUAACUACGACGAGGAGCGCUACUGUUCCAUUAAGAGGUCACCAAUGAAAAUGACCAAAUACUCAGAAUUUGAUGGUGAUUCUGACAAAAAAUUGAAGGAGGCCUUUCUUGCACCUGAUAAUACUCCAGAGGAUGAUAUGCACAUAAUGUCUAAUGGGGCACCUCCUCGACCACCAUCUCCUGACCCCGCCCUACUGGAUGUUACCCCUCCACCAAUGUACAAUGGCGAUUUGGAGAAAUAUUACACAAUGAACCCACAGAAACCCAAGACAGAAAUAGCAGAAAUUAGAAUAACAUCUUCUUUACCUCACAGAGGGAAAACUAAAAAAUCUGUGACAUUUUCUCCAGUUGCUAUGGUUACUCCUUUACCUUCAGGAUCAGAGGAAUCCAUUGGCUCUGAUGGAGACAGAAAUUUAGCCAAUGUGAUAGACAUUUACCAGAAUUUACAGGGCAAGCAGGGCCCGAGGUCCCCAGACCUGAAGGAAGCGAAACAUGUGAUGAUCUUGCCCCCUCCUCCUGACGAGAACAGCGUGCCAAUAAACACUCCAGAUCCUCUGGAACUGGCCGAAAUGGAGGAAUUAUGGAAGACGCUGACAACCACCACCAUGGAUGAGGGUGCUUAUGACAAUAUUGAGUAUUUGCUGGCACAGAAUAGGGCCAAUAAUCACUGUGAGGUCAAUGGGGUCAAACCCAAAAGUUUUGAAACAGGUGUGUGACAUUGAGUCUGCCUUCACCACACAUAUGUACAUAGUACAAUAUCAUUAAAAAUAAUUGUGUUGAGACUAUAAACAGCAAACACAAACACUUGAUCCUGUACGACCAUUCUGUUUAUCCCAUCAUAGUUUAUGGUAUAUAAAGGGGCAUAACCCCUAUAUCACUGCCCAGCUUAAAUUUCUUUGUGCAAUAUUAUUAUAUAUUUCUUUUUAGUACUUAACUCAGGUUUAAUUAUUUAUUGAUAGCUAUUUAUGUAUUUCUUUUUCUAUAAAAUUGUGGUUUUAUCAGAUGAAAGCUGAAGGACUUUCUAAUAACUUUCAUUUUAGUUAUGUAAAUGUAUGAUUUGGUGUUAUAUCAAUUAUUUACAGAUCAUGCUUUUAUCAUCUGGAUAAUCAAAAUAAACUUGCUUAUGAAUGAAAUAACCUUUCUUCUGAAUCAUAGCCAUUAUGGUAUCACAAAUGUUCUGUAAAAGUGUUUAAUUCUUUGUAUUCAGAAUUCUCACCAGUUUUAAAUACUUGAAGUCUGUUGAUAUUUUUCUCAUCAAAAUAUAUAUGUAAAGUAGUGUUUUUAAGUACAAUUUCUGAAAAAAUUACAAACAUACUAACUAAUCUAUUACAUACAGAAAUGUGUGCCUUUUUAUAUUGCUGAGUUUUUCUAUGUUGUUGAAAUAAUCUUCAAAUCAUUUAAACUGCUGAACAUUUCAAUACAAAAAAUGCCCAAACUCACAAAACAAAUACACACAUUUUGUACUUGUUAAUUAUAAAAUAACAAUCUUUGAAUGUAUUUAAAGUUAGGUUGAUGGUGAUUAACACAUUCACCCCUGAAAUAUCAUAAUAAACUAUUCCAUCCUUUGAAUUGGAAGAGUUCAAAUGUGUCUUCAGGGGUGAAUGAGUUAAUAGCAGAACUCUGCUGAAAUGUUUAGAUGGACCAUCUAUGUUUAAUUCAAUUAAGGACAUUUCUUUUAAAACAUGUCAUCGGCUGUCCUAGCAUUUAUUUCACUUUCAUUGGUUGAACACUGGUGAUAAGUGUAAAUACCAACUAUUAAGCCCACCAAAGUAAUAGUACGGUAUGAUAAUGGUCACACUUGUAAAUAAAACCUUGUAUGCUGUAUGUACAUGGUCAAACAUUGGAACAAAUGUAUUCAUUUCAUCCCUUCCCUAGGUCCUCCAAGUCUCCACAGGUAAACAUGGGAAUAAAUGUACAAAUUUCAUCCCUUCCCUAGGCCUAGGGCUCCCAGUCUCCACAGAUAAACAUGGUAAUAAGUUAACUCAUUUCAUCCCUUCCCUAGCUAUAGUGCUCCAAAACUCCACAGGUAAACAUGGGAAUAAAUUAACUCAUUUCAUCCCUUCCCUAGCUAUAGUGCUCCAAAACUCCACAGGUAAACAUGGUAAUAAAUGUACUCAUUUCAUCCCUUCCCUAUAGUCCAGAGCUCCACAGAUAAAACAAAAUUGAAUAAUUGUUUAUGAACCCAUUUCAUCUUCCCUAGACUUCCCAGUCUCCACAGGUGAACAUGGAAAUAAAAGAACCCAUGUCAUCCCAGCUGUCACUAGGUAUCUGGGUCACCAGUAAAACGGUUGUUAAGAUCUCCAAAACUUAAAUCAUGUUAAAUGAACAUGUUAAAUGAAAAAGUAGAAUAAAAAUGUUGGUGAAUCAACACAAUUAUCCGGCACGGAGAUCCAACGUCCUACAGGCAAUGGUCUGUGGUCUGUCUGGUACAGGAAUCAGAGGUUGAUAUCACAAGGAUAUUCAAACCUUAUUUACCUUAUUAAAUCAUGUUAGUUAUCAAAACACUGCACGCAUUGUUACACACUCUUUCCCUAUUUCUUACAUUUUUUCCUACUUUUUUGAAAAGUACUGUAUUGACAAAUGAUUUUUGUAUGUUUUAUCACGCAACUUCUGCAUUACAUAUUCAAUUGAUAGAAAUAAAGUAUUAAUAUAUAAAAUUUACCUUAUCAUUCCAGUUUGUUUUCAUAUACCAUAGUUGUAUACAAACAUAGCUUAUAAUGUAAGUCAUAACCUUGGUAGUUAUAAAUAAAGACAACUCAUGAUGUAAGUAUAAAAAUGUAUCAUAGAAAUGUAUGGAAUCAUUGUAACCAUAGAAACGUAAAAUAAUGUAAACUGUCUAGUCAUGUCUGUUGUUAACGUGUUUUAUAACUUUUGUAAGAAGCUUUGCACAUAUUGGUUCUAAUGUCUUGUUCUUGCACAUCCAUAGUUUGUGUGUGUGUUGUGUGGUGUUGGCAAGUACAGAGGAUAUCAUACAGGUUCUAUUCCUUUUUUCCUCUGACCCUCUGACCUUCUGACCUUCUGACCCUGCCACCAGACCUUAUGAGAAAGUUGGACAUUUGACCCUAAACAAGGGAGUUAAUAAGUCUCUUCCUCCACCAAAGACGGGAUUGGAAUAAUGAACAAAAGAGAUGUUUUUACAAGGGGAAUUCACUCCUGAGGGCCUAGUUCAAGCUUGUUAUGCUGUUCCCUACUCUCUUUACUUACAACAGGUCACUUCUAUGUAUACACAAAUUAUGAGAAUGUCCUGUAACAAUUAUCUGCUUGAAGUCAAAAGAACUACACUCGAUUUUCAGAAUUGAGAGGAAUGAAAAUGAUUUUGAUGUAUGAAUUUUUAAAAUAUGGAAAUUUUGUUCACCAGGCCAAUGGUGAGAGGGUCAGGGGGUACUCAGAGUUUUAUAGGUUGAAGUAUGAAUGAUAUUCAUGCUUCUCUUAUAAAAAACACCUGUUUUGUUUGUGUGUCCAAAAUACAUGUUCAAAACACUGAACAACAAUAUUAAUUUACAAUGAUAAGCGGCAGAAUUGUAAUACUGCAUGUAUAUUUUCCCAGAUUUCCUUUCAAGAAUAAUGGACAUUGCAAAUAAAAUAAAAUUUCAUUUGAGUUGUUGAAUGACACCUUUAACAAAUAUUGCAUUUUUUCUAAAAAAUGAUAU